AUGCCAUCACACCUAAUUCACACCCUCACUCUGUGUGUCAAUCUAGCUGUUGGGCUUGCAACAGCGGUUCAAAAUGGCGCCAACAUUCAUUUGCUCGAUGACGAAAAGUGGAUGUUGACCAACGAGCACGGGAAUAUUACAGUACCCGGAGCAUUCCCAUCACACGUCCAUCUGGACUUGCUCGCUGCUGGCGUUAUUGAGGAUCCGCUCCGUGGCUUUAACGAUGUUGAUCUGCGAUGGGUAGCGAACCAGAAUUGGACAUAUACAAGUGAUCCCCUGACCAAUCUCACACGCGAUGGAGGGCUGACAACUUGGCUCGUGUUCGAUGGAUUGGAUACGUUUGCAACUGUCAAAUUUUGCGACGAGCACAUCGGCAGUACAGACAAUCAAUUUCGCCAGUGGCAAUUUGACGUUACGUCUGCCAUGUCAAAAUGCAGCGGCGCUCCGACUGUGGCCCUCAACUUUGGAAGCGCACCCAAGAUUGCCAACGCGAUAAAUGCCAGUGAGCCACAGCCAUGGUCGGAAGCACUCAUUGCAGCAUGGUCAUUUGAGAUUCCGAAUAGGAAUUUUGUUAGAAAGCAGCAGUCUGACUUUGGCUGGGACUGGGGCCCUGCAUUUACUCCUGCAGGACCAUGGAAAAGUGGCCGAAUCGUCCGAGUUCGGGAUGCGAAAUAUUUGCACGCGGUCAACACUGUUGUUGACGUCUAUCGACAAGGUCAAACGAAUAAUUUUCCCCCAGACCAGACCCAACCCUGGGUAGUGAAUGCGAGCAUCGACUACAUCGGAAACCUGCCAAGAGGCUCGUAUAUUGAUGCUACAAUCACGAGUACUUUGCCAGGCUCUGACGUGCUGUUUCGCGGCAGGUUAUCGAACCUCCUUACCUCGAACGGUACAAUUAGCGGCAGUGUCGAAAUUGACAGCUCAAAGCCGACGCUAUGGUGGCCAAAUGGCAUGGGAAACCAAAGCAUGUACGUCAUUGAGCUCGCGGUUCGAAGCUCAAAAUGUUCUUCUCCGUCAUUGAUCUCCUCACGUCGCUUUGGCUUCCGCACAAUUCUUCUCAGCACCGGACCAACGAGCGAUGAGGAGGUGGCGUCAGGAAAGCAGCCCGGAAACGACUGGCAUUUCGAGAUUAAUGGGCAUCAGUUUUACGUCAAAGGCGCAAACCUUGUUCCGCCAGACGUUUUCUGGCCGCGAGCCAAUGCGAAACAAAUGAGUGACUUAUUUGACGCCGUGCAGCAUCAAAACUUCAACAUGCUUCGCGUCUGGUCAUCCGGGUCCUAUCUUCCCGACUUCAUCUACGACAUGGCCGAUGAGCGUGGUAUACUUUUAUGGAGCGAGUUUCAGUUUGGAGAUGCACUUUAUCCAGAUGACGCUCAUUUUGUUGACAACGUGCGCAAGGAGGCGACUGACAAUGUCCGUCGAGUGAACCAUCAUCCAUCAUUGGCAUGCUGGGCUGGUGGAAAUGAGAUUGAAAAUCUUGUGCUUCCAAUCGCAAAAAUGGCCGACAAGGACAAUUAUCUGCUCUAUGUGGGUCAGUAUGAGCAUCUUUACAUUGAUACUCUAUUCCGAGUAGUGGCUGCCAACUCACGAUCGAUUUCUUAUACCCCAUCCAGUGGCAACAACGGUUGGUCAACAAUUGACAAGAAUCUCCCUGUACCCAUGGUGCAGGUGUAUGAGAACAAGACAAUUGGCCAUCUUUACGGGGAUACGGAGCAUUACAAUUACUCGGCCGCCUCUGCAUUUGACGAAAGCACGUAUCCUGUUGGCCGUUUCGCGACAGAGUUUGGUUUUCAUAGCAUGCCGAGUUUGCAGACGUGGAGAACAGCCAUUGGUGACGAGGAUUUGCACUUCAACUCAUCCGUGAUUGUGUCCCGGAAUCACCAUUAUCCACCCGGCGGCUUGGUCGCGGAUGUGUCCAAGAGCUUAAGGGGCAUGGGCGAAAUGACGGCUGCUGUUGAAGCUUACUUCCCUUUGCCCAACAAGACGGAUUCAAUCGAACAUUUCAGCGCAUGGUGUCACGCAACGCAACUGUUUCAGGCCGACUUUUACCAGAGCCAGAUUCAGUUCUAUCGUCGAGGAAGUGGGGGAAAAGAGAGACAGCGAGGCGCUCUGUUUUGGCAGCUCAAUGAUGUUUGGCAGGCGCCGAGCUGGGCGGCGCUCGAGCAUGGCGGCCGCUGGAAAGUUCUUCCAUACUAUAUUCGCCGCGGCUAUCAAAAUGUUGUCGUGUCAACUUCCUGGAAUAGCGCUUUGAAGAAUCUCGAGAUUUGGGUCACCUCAGACUUGUGGCAAGCCGUCUCGGGACAGGUUUCCAUGAGAUGGGUCGAUCUGCAAGGAAAGGCACUCAAGGACAAUCUCGGCUUCCCCAAGACUAUCAACUUCACCGUUGAUGCUAUUGGCAGCACCAAAGUGCACGGUGCUGCGUUGCGAGGCUCUUUUGGACUUGCGGGCCUCGAUAAUGCGUUGCUUUUACUAUCAGUGGAAGCGCACGGCCAGCUUCCAAACUCCGAGACCAUGGAAAGAUUUACGCAUGAAGUCUCGUUCCUCCCCACGCCACCCAAGAAGGCAAAGAUAUCGAACCCUGGCUUACGUCUGACACACGACGAGGCUUCGGGCAAGUUUACUGUGGAGGCGACUGAGAGUGUGUCACUGUACACUUGGCUGACGCACCCUGCAGAUACGGUGGGCUUCUUUGACGACAACGCAUUUGUGCUCUUACCGGGGCAAAAGAGGGAGAUUGGCUUUACACUGCAAAAAGACAAUACGAAUGGCAGCUGGGUAAAUCAUGUCACGGUGAAUAGCUUGUGGGAUCUAAACCACGAUUAA